AUGAAAAGCUUUAUCUUUACUUCUGAAUCUGUUGGUGAAGGCCAUCCAGAUAAAAUAUGUGAUUUAAUCUCUGACAGUAUUUUAGAUAAAUGUUUAGAGCAAGAUCCGUUAAGCAGAGUUGCUGUUGAUGUAUGUGUAAAAAGUAAUUUGGUUGUUUUAGUAGGGGAGAUUACUACUAAAGCCACAGUUGAUUAUGAAUAUGUAGCUAGACAAGUAUUAUUAGAUAUUGGUUAUACAUCUGAAGAUAUUGGUAUUAACGGUAAUACUUGUAAAAUUUUAGUUUGUAUAGAAAAACAGAGUCCUGAUAUCAGUCAAGGAUUAGAAAGAAAUACUGGUAAUCCUUACGAUCUUGGCGCAGGAGACCAAGGGAUUAUGUUUGGAUAUGCGACAGAUGAAACAGAAGAAAGAAUGCCUCUUACAGUUGUACUGAGUCAUAAACUGGCAGAAAGAAUUGAAUUUUUACGUAAAACGCAGGCAGAUUUUUUACGACCGGAUUGUAAAACACAAGUAACGGUUGAAUAUGAAAUUCGAAGUGAUAACGGUUUGAAGCCUAAAAGAGUGCAUACAAUAGUAAUAAGUGCGCAGCACACUGAAGGUGUUAAUAUUGACUUUUUAAGAGCAUACAUUAAAGAGAAUGUUAUAUCUGCUGUUAUACCUACAGAAAUGUUAGAUGAAAAUACCAUUUUCCACAUAAAUCCUUCUAAUAAAUUUGUUAUAGGAGGGCCAGAAGGUGAUUCGGGACUUACAGGUAGAAAAAUUAUUGUUGAUACAUAUGGAGGAUGGGGUGCUCAUGGAGGCGGGGCAUUUAGUGGUAAAGACUGGUCUAAAGUAGAUCGUAGUGGUGCUUAUGCUUGUAGGUGGAUUGCUAAAUCUUUAGUAGAUAAUAAAUUGUGUAAAAGAUGCUUAUUACAGGUUAGUUAUGCGAUUGGCAUCCCAGAUCCUCUUUCUAUUUUUGUAGACACUUUCAACACGUCAGAAUAUUCUAAUGAAGAGAUUUUAGAAAUUAUUUAUAAAAAUUUUAGUUUACGGUUAGGAGACAUUGUUAAAGAAUUGGAGCUUUACAAACCGAUUUAUAAAAAAACUGCAAAAUAUGGACAUUUUGGUAAAAUAGACUGUUCUUGGGAGAAAUCAAAGAAAUUAAAUUAA